CUUUCUUACGCUGUGACUGGGUCACUGGGUCAUGGAAAUCGACGCAACUCAGCUGUACCCUGAUGCUGAGCCUGUCAUCGUCUGUGAGAGCCAGAUGAGUCAAGAGAUUGGGAUGACUGAUGCGACCGAGAUGCCUGAACAUCAUCCCAGCGCCGGCACCGCUGCUCCGAUUCGUGGCUGGAAAGGAUCCUUCAGUAGCGCUGCAAGUCAAACUGAGAUUCUGAUCCCUUUGAGUGGAGCACCGAAAAUUGCAGAAAUAGGUGAAGACACCCAGGCUUAUUGCGAUGAGCCCAUGAAUGGUGAACCGCUGUGUCAGCAAAGGGUGGGCAAUGUACUGGACGCAUUGCUGGAUGAUGAUUGUGAAGCAACGCAAGUCUACCGUGAGUUUCCAGAUGAGAAGGAUGCAGAGGAGGAAUCGCAACAAGAAGAUCUGGGUACAGCAGUACCAGAGUCCUCAAGUGGAUUUCAGUGCGGUCAACCAUCGACUGAAUGCGUUGCUGCUGCACAUGCAGAUGGUAGUUCUGAGGCAAUGAGGCCUCAUGAUGCUCAGAUUGCUCUUGGCCAGAACAAUGGAAUGAACAUCCCCGAAGAAUCUUUCUUAGACGGGUCUGCUCCAGAUGACGCAAGUCAAGAUACUCAGGUUGAGUUGGACGAACCUGAGCGCAUGAGUGACUUUGAGUCUGUUGAGCAGAGUAGACCAGCUGGUGAUGAGCAUGAUACUUCCGAUGAUGUUCAGAAGACCCAAGUCUACAACGAGUUUCCUGGUGAGAAGGAUGCAGGGGAGGGUUCGCAACAAGAAGAUCUGGGUACAGCAGUGCCAGAGUCCUCAAGUGGAUUUCAGUGCGGUCAACCAUCGACUGAAUGCGUUGCUGCUGCACAUGCAGAUGGUAGUUCUGAGGCAAUGAGGCCUCAUGAUGCUCAGAUUGCUCUUGGCCAGAACAAUGGAAUGAACAUCCCCGAAGAAUCUUUCUUAGACGGGUCUGCUCCAGAUGCCGCAAGUCAAGAUACUCAGGUUGAGUUGGACGAACCUGAGCGCAUGAGUGACUUUGAGUCUGUUGAGCAGAGUAGACCAGCUGGUGAUGAGCAUGAUACUUCCGAUGAUGUUCAGAAGACCCAAGUCUACAACGAGUUUCCUGGUGAGAAGGAUGCAGGGGAGGGUUCGCAACAAGAAGAUCUGUGUACAGCAGUGCCAGAGUCCUCAAGUGGAUUUCAGUGCGGUCAACCAUCGACUGAAUGCGUUGCUGCUGCACAUGCAGAUGGUAGUUCUGAGGCAAUGAGGCCUCAUGAUGCUCAGAUUGCUCUUGGCCAGAACAAUGGAAUGAACAUCCCCGAAGAAUCUUUCUUAGACGGGUCUGCUCCAGAUGACGCAAGUCAAGAUACUCAGGUUGAGUUGGACGAACCUGAGCGCAUGAGUGACUUUGAGUCUGUUGAGCAGAGUAGACCAGCUGGUGAUGAGCAUGAUACUUCCGAUGAUGUUCAGAAGACCCAAGUCUACAACGAGUUUCCUGAUGAGAAGGAUGCAGAGGAGGAAUCGCAACAGGAAGAUCUGGGUUCAGCAGUGCCAGAGUCCUCAGGUAGAUUUCAGUGCGGUGACCCAUCGGCUGAAUGCGUUGCAGAGAGUCAGGAUGUAGAAUUGCCUCGGGUGGUUCUCGAUAUGUUCUCCGGCCAGUCAACUGAGUCAGGAGACUUCGCCUACAUCGAAGAACCUCUUCCAGACGUGGCUGACCUGGCUGUCAGCAUGGUCCAUGUCAUCGACCUGCGGCGAGGUCAACCUCUGCGCUACCAGGCUGCGAGAUUUGCGCCCUUUCCUGAAUGCACCUCCGAGGCAGCUCCAGCCACAGGAAGCCCCCAGCCGGCAGAUGUAAUCUGUGCAUCCCAAGCGAGGGACGAAGCAAUGGCGCCACGUGUGCAGUCGCCACGCUUGAGUUUGUUGCUUCCAAAGCGGGCACGGCGACGAGUGGAGACACCGGGAAGCUAUGAGGCAGCGAGUGAAGCCCUCUGGGGCGGUCGAACCCCUGGUCGAGCCAAGCGAUUUCCAUCGCUGCGGGACCUCUUGGCAGCGCGAGAGGAAGAGAGUGACGAGCCGCUGCUCAAGAGCGGUGUGGCCCAUGUGUCGCCCUUCAAGAAGUCAUAUUUGGAGGACUCACCAGGGCAGCGCAUGAAGGAGGAACUCUGGUCCCGGCGUCGUCAGUCCAUCCGUCGCUGGUCCCGCAGUGCGCUGAGUGCGCGACGGCGGUCGUCGCUGCGGCGGUCCCGGUCGCCUGUGACACCGUGGCAGGGGAAGUCGGAGAUUCGAAGCGCCUACAGGGAGGCUUCCCCGGCUCCAUCGGCUAUACCUUGUAGCCCUCCAGUGGCGCGCAUGUUGAACUUUGAAACUCCCAGCUGGCUACAGCAAGUGCAGGAUGCCGGAGACCUUCGCCCAUUUUCGCCCGGCCGCUGGCCGACGGCCGCGGCCGCAUCGCCUGAAGGCAAGCAAAGCAAUGGGAUGGCGUGCAUGCCGGACAUUCCAACGCCCUGCCGAACGAAAAGAAGUCUCGGUGGGAACGAUGGCAUCGCAAGUGACGCCGACGGUGCCGCCUCGCCGGCCUCGCUGGCCUCGCCGGGCGCCUCGGUGGCGACCACGGAGCCAGCGUCGCCACCGGAGGUGGCAGCAAUGACGGAGGCGGCUGCCGCACCGCAUGCCGCGCUGCCCGAGAGCCAGCGGAGCGACUCGGUGGAUCCACUGGCGGCGCCCGUGGACACGGACAGCCAGGGCGGCCAGGGCCGCGACCAGGGGAUGAAGGUCUCCCAGGCCUCGCAGGUGGAAUCGGUCCAGCCAGAGGUGAGUCAUGCAGAAAGCCCUGGCCAGAACCUGUCAGCUGAUGCAUCAGUCGCUUCUUUCCAGGAAGGAUCAAAUCAGACAGCUGCUGAGCUCCCGCAGUUCUUUGCCCAGAUGACGCAGGAAGAUGUGCCAUUAAGAGUGCCAAUCGAGGAGGCUUGGGAAAUUGGACCCAAGGUACACCACGAGGUUUGCUCACGUCCGGUGGAGCCCGCAGAGCCGGAGCCCGCGGAGCCCGCGGAGCCGGAGUGGUGGACUCAGAGGUUGCAGUGA